CUAUCGAUUAUCAAGGCACAUCCGAUAAGGAAGACGAAUAAAAACAAAGAAAAAAUUCUAAUUAAUAUCAAAUUGGACACAAAACAAAAUUAACAUAUUGUCAAUUGUGCGCAGAGCCAACAAAAACCCGCACAAAGAUGGCCCACAAUUAUUUGCAGCCGGUGAAUAAUCACUUUGACAUGGAUAAAUUUGCAGACGUCGACGAUGACCUUUUUCUGCGAAAUAAUAGAAAAAAUCGUGCACCGAGGAGUACGAAUCCAUUUGAUGAUGAUGAUGACGGGGACGGAGAAGUCUCUGAGAGCUCCUCGACUACUGCCCAAAGGCAGGCGUACGCCGAAAAACGUCGAGAUAUUGAGCAGCGCACACUGGACUCCACGCAGAAAAGUUUAGGCUUGCUCUAUGAAACGGAGGAGGUUGGCAAGGCAACGGCUGUGGAGCUGGCACGUCAACGCGAGCAGUUAGAGAAGACCUCACAUAAUCUGGAUGAGAUUAAUUCAACACUACGUUUCAGUCAGCGUCACUUAAAUGGCUUGAAGAGUGUUUUUGGCGGACUCAAGAAUUACUUGUCGGGUAGCAGAGAUCAGCCACCGACGGCUACAGGUUCACCGACCAGCAGCCAGGAGACCAAUUGCAAUGCCAGUGUUGUGACUGGCGGUGGAGUUGGAGCAGGUGCAAUACCCAAACAACACCCACAGGCGAUGUCACCAACGGAACGCUAUGAUAAUCAUCCGGUUAGCCGUAUCCGAGACGACUCCAGUUCCUAUCAUCAGCGGCAGGCGCAGGCGCAGCAGCGCGCCGCAAAUCCCUUUCAGCACCAGCUCGAGUCGAAUCUCGAUGAUAUGUGUGAUAAUCUGUCGCGUCUUAAGUUCUUGGCCACCGAUUUGGGCACGGAAAUUGAAUCCCAGAACGGUUUGUUGGACAACAUGAACUAUAAAAUCGAAAGUGUCGACUUGAAGAUGAACAAGCAGAAUAAGGAUAUGAAUAAGCUGCUGAAGAAGUGAAUGGCUUAAAUAUAAUAACUAUACAAAGACAUAAUGGAUAAGAAGCUCACACAUAAUUCUACACGUCUACAUAUUAAUCAUAUCACCUACAGUAAAACCUCAAAGAAUUUCGCGCCAUCAUUAAGCAUUCCUUGUUUAUUUUUUGUUUUUGUUAGUUUAUUUUUUGGUUUUAUGUAUUAUGUGCACCAAAAAUGAUAUUUCUAUGAGCUGGUAUUUGUGCGUUAUAAGUGUUCAUUUUCCAAACUAGAAUUUUUAAAUAAAACAUUUAUUUAGUUUGUAUUUUCAAUAAAUAAUCAAAAUAUGAUAAUUUUUGAUAAUCAA